AAAAUCUUGAAGCCAAAAUGGAGAAGGAAGAAACUGAAUUGAAGAUCAAAAGAAACCUCGUCUAUAUUCAGCGGAGUCAGUUGAUCUCAUUGAAAAGUGCUUUCAGUCUUUUUGAAAUGCCACUAAUGGAGAAAAAGAACGCACUGAAAAUGGAGCUUAGAGAAAGAACCGAACUCCUCAGUUUUUCGCAGCUGGACCAGUUGGAGGAUCUGUUGGUGGAGAGACAGCAUCUCUUCUGCAGCUACUUCACACCAAGGUCGUGUCGGGAGCAGCUGGAAGACGAGAUCAUGAAGAAAGUUGGUACUUUCAUCUACAAGAAGAAUGUGAAGGCCAAUUUGGAGAAAAUCUUCAGUGAAGAUCGUCAUUGUGUCUAUCAUACCUCUUGACAGGUGAUAAAAGAAAGAAUGGAAGAAUGAUGUGGAA